UUGCUAGUUUUAAUUACAGAAACGUGUCUUCAGAAGCAUUCACAAAAGGUUCCAUUUCAGCCCUGAAUUUAACCACAGAGAAGUCUCUAUUAACAAAAAUUAGGGUUAUUUAGAGACUGUUCAGAUCCCUACAGCUUAUUGGAGAGAAAAUACAGAAUUUCGAUAACUUUGCUAAGGCCUCAGGUUUAAUCACYGCAGUCUAAUUAAAUGAUUCAAGCCCUAACAUGUCUUUGAAACAAGGAAAUAGUUAUCACAUUAAAGAAAGAUAUGGUUCUUAAACAUACAAAUGUAUGUGUAAGUUWAAUCUCCUUGAACUCUCAGCAGUGCUAAGAGCUUCCCUAAAAUUCCCUGUGCCUGUAAAAAUGAGGCUUCAGCAUGAGGUAUUUUGUUUCCAUCUGCAGAAAAAAUCUGGAAAUUUCUGACUGUAGUGAACUGACAGAACCUGAUUUGGGUUAAGCUUAAAUUCUAAAAAGAACACUGUGAAAAGGUGAAAAAAUAACAUUUUUACUUUUUCUCAGUUUCUUCUGUUUCUUGUUAAAAUGUAAGAAGGAGAAUGGUAUGCUUAUAAAUUCUGCUUGUAUUUUAACUUUAUAACCUAGAUUUGACAAUGCUGACAUGAGCAGAAAUUCCUCAUGCCUUCCAGGUUUGCUGUUUAAUUUAGUUCUCUCUCAAACUGAUCCAUCUGGCGAGUUCUACACUCUAGUGCAGACAUUGAAUUAACCCAGAUGGUACACUUCAGAAGUCUUACAACUUUUUAUAACUUGAUACUUUAGCAUUUUUGAAAAAAAGGSCUAGAUUAUUUCAGUAUUUAUAGUUAUAAUUGUAGCAUUGCUUUGCAAUGCAGCAGAGGAAGCUUUAAAAUGAGACAGGAGUGCAGGAGGGAUGGCAAGAUCUGAACUCUCAGGUUUAGGCAGGAUGAGCGUUCCUGCUCAAAAAGACCCUGCAGCAAGGGAUGGGAUGGGUGUUGGCAUCGUUCUCAUCUUUAAUUGCUGAUGCACAGACCUGCACGCUCAUGUCAGCUCAGCAGCAUUUGAGUGUUAUUGAAGGACUGGGAGAGACCAGUAAUAGCAAAGAAAAUAGAAACCUAAAAGAUACGGUUUUUUCUUCCUAACUCUGACCAUAGGUCAGGAGAUGAAAACUUACACGAAAUUAUCUGUGCUGCACCAAGUGAGAUGCACCAGGGCCAGUGACCUAGGAAGUUUCAAGCCUUCUGUUUAAAUUCUGCACAAUGAAUUGGGGGGUUUUGGAGACCUCGUUUUUAAUUUCCCUGCGGGCGAAGGCGGGGUCCCGUCGUUCCAACCACUGCUGCGAUGGCGUUUUUGAGCCGGACGCCUGCAGGACGGUGUCGCGGUGCCAGAGCCGUGCCGUGGAGAGUAGAGCGCGCCGGGAGCUGCGCGGGGGCGGCCGUGGGGGCCCGUCCUGUGCGGGGCUCAUCGCGGGCGUUCCGCGGGGCCGGGGCGGGCUCUGCGUGUGUGUGACCGGCGGAAGCAGUCGCGCCGCGUCCGGGUCGGGCGUCGCUGGCGGGGCGAUGCCGCUGGUGGUGCUGUGCGGGCGGCCGGGCAGCGGCAAGAGCCGGCGGGCGGCCGAGCUGCGGGAGGCGCUGGGCGGCCCGGAGCGGCCGGCGCACGUCGUGGCCCAGGCGGAGGGCGGCCGGUCGGCGCUGCGGGCCGAGGUGGAGCGGCGGCUGAGCCGGCGGGACGUGGUGAUCGUGGACGCGGGCAACGAGCUGCGGAGCAUCCGCUACGAGCUGUACUGCGCGGCGCGGCAGGCGGGCACGGCGCGCUGCGUCCUGCACUGCGCCGGCGGAGCGGGCGGCCCCGACGAGCCGACCUUCGAGGAGCCCGACCCGAGCUGCCGCUGGGACCGGCCGCUGUUCACGGUGUGCGGGGAGGAGCCGCUGCCGCUGGGCGCCAUCCGCGCCGCGCUGUUCGAGAGCGCCCCGCCGCCGCCGCACCGCGCCACCCGCACGCAGCCGCUGCAGUCCUGCGGCUUCCUGCACCAGCUGGACCGCGUCACGCAGGACGUGCUGGCCGCYGUGCUGGCCGCGCAGAGGAGCGGGGCACAGCCCGGCGAGACCAUCCGCGUCCCCGGCGUGGCCGAGGGGCUGGURCUCAGCCGGCCCGUGAGCGUGGCCGAGCUGAGCCGGCUGCGCAGGCAGUUCAUCAGCUACACCAAGAUGCAGCCCAGCGAUGAAAACAUGCCCCAGCUGGCCAGCAUGUUCCUGCAGUACCUGAGYCGCAGCAUCCAGUGAAGUGUCACCUGUGCCACCCAGCAGUGGCUGUGGUCUGGCCCCGAAGCACUCGCAGCAGUGAGAAUGUACCUUCAGGCACAGACCCCGCAGAGCUGGAUCCUCUCGGGGAUCGGAUCACUGGGCAGCAGCAGCAGCUCUGGGAAGAUGGGUGCUGUGUCCCUGAAGCAUCUGGGCCAGCUGCACUGCUGGGAGGACCUCCAGGGAAGCAGUUCACACCCCUGYGUUCUCCCUGMUGGCAUCUUUCAAAAAGGAGAGCURCUGGUGGAUCCCCAAGCAAAUGAAGUCUCCUAUGGAGACAUAAACCCCAGUARUCAAAUAGUGCRRUGUGAAAA